AGUUCUUAGUCGUAGCAGGUGACUUCAAUGGCCACAUUGGAAAGGAUAUAGAUGGUUAUGAAGGAAUUCAUGGAGGUUUUAGUAUAGGUACACGAAAUAGAAAAGGAAGAAGGUUGCUGGAGUUCUGCGCAGAAUCAAAUUUAGUAGUGGAUAACACUUGGUUUAAAAAUAAAAGAAAGGCAACAUUUCAAUCUGGUGUUGCAGAAACUCAAAUCGACUUUAUGUUGGUAGAGAAUGAAUGGCGAAAAAAGAUCCAAAAUGUGAAAGUGAUUCCAGGGGAACUCCAACACAGCUUACUGGUAAUGGAUGUUGGAAAAUUGCAUAUACCAAAAAAGAAACAAGUGCUGCCAAAGAGGCUAAAAAUAUGGAAGUUUAGAGAUGUGAAAAUCCAACAGAAGUUUGCAGAAAAAAUGGAUGAAUUGUGGAUGAGUAGCUCAGAAAAGGAUCCAUGGCUAAAAUAUAAACUAUGUACUCUGAACGCAACCAAAGAAGUAUGUGGAGUGAGCAAAGGUAAGACACCUCAGGGUGAAACCUGGUGGUGGAAUGAGGAAGUGCAAGAAGCAAUUGUAAAGAAGAAGGUUAGUUUCAAGCACAUGCAGAAGCAGAACACGGAGCAAAAUAAGGCAAGGUAUAAGAGGAACAAGAAGAAGGCUAAGAAAGUAGUUGCUGCAGCCAUGAAGAAAGAAACGGAGAAAGAGCUGGAAAUGCUGAGUAGAGGGGGGCCAAGCCAUCUUCAAAAAGUUAAGAAUUUUAAGGAAAGAGUCAAAGGAAAGUAA